AUGGAGAUAAUUGAGCGAAGGUGGGAGAAACAAAUGGAUCAUCCACUCUACGGGGCUGCAUUGUUUUUGAACCCAGGGAAGCUCCAUCCUCUCAUAAGAAAAAAUGAUGAUGCAACUGUUGGACAGCUAAGAGGUUGCUUUCUUGAUGUACUUGCAAGAAUGGUGGAGGAAAAGGAAACUAGAGACAAGAUCGAUGCUCAAGCCAUGGAUUAUGAAUUUCUUCGAGGAGAUGCUUUUUCAAACAAAAUGGCCAAGCAAAACCUUGAGUCUUUGAGCCCUCUUGAUUGGUGGCGUUCAUAUGGUGGCCAUGCUAUUGAGCAACAAAGGUUUGCUAAGCGUGUGAUCCACACAAAGAAAAGGAACCGAUUGUUGCAUAAGAGGUUAAAUUCUAUUGUCUUUGUUUCCUACAACCGGAAGAUGAAAAUUAGGUUCCAAAAAUUGAGGCAGAAGAAAGGUAAAAGCUUUGAUCCUUUGGUUGUUGAGGAGUUUGAUUGGGACAAUGAGUGGGCUGACUCACUGCAUGUGCCCCCUCAUUGUGCUCAUGGCUGUGAGUGUGACCUUACAUGGGACCUUGUUGAUGAAGCUAUUGGAGCAUCAGAGUUACUUCAUGGCAGAAAUUUACCAAGAACAGCCCACAACAAGCGUGCUAGAAAUUCUGCACCUAUUGGGGUUCAGGAGGAGCUGGGUUCAAAAAAUGAGGAUGAAGAAAAUCAAGAUCCCUAUGAUGACGCAGAUGUGACAGAUUGUGAGGAUGAUCCUUGUGAUGCCAAUGGUAGUGGAGGAGAUGAGGAGGUAGCCAACAUCAUUGGAGAGUUUGAUGAUGGCUACUGA